UCCAUUGAAGAAAAUGAAGUGUAUCUGCCCAGUGAUGAGCUCUGGAUCUAUGACAUGGACAGUGGGCUCUGGACAAUGCACCUGAUGGAAGGGGAGUUGCCCACCUCCAUGUCGGGCAGCUGUGGUGCCAGCAUCAACGGCAGGCUCUACAUUUUUGGGGGCUUUGAUGACAGAGGAUACAGCAAUAGGCUCUAUUAUGUCAACUUGAGAACAAAAACCGGAACCUACAGGUGGAAAAAAAUCACAAAUUUUAAAGGUCAACCUCCCACACCUCGGGACAAACUCUCCUGCUGGGUGUACAAAAACAGGAAGGACAGAUAUUCUGGGGAUGGCACAAUGAUGUUCAUGUUUUUGACACAACCACACAGACUUGGUCUCAGCCAACAAUUCGA